UCCUCCUGCAGCUGGCGCGCCCGAUGGCCGCGGCGGGGCUGCGGAGCCGCGGGCCGCUCCUCGUGCCGCGCGGCGCCUGGCGCGGUUUCUCCGCGGGAGCGGACGGGGAGGAGCGCGUGAGCCGCGUCCUGCGCGAGAAAUUCCCCCGCGCCUCCGCCAUCCGCGUGGUGGACAUUUCCGGUGGCUGCGGGGCCAUGUAUGAGAUCCACAUCGAAUCGGAGGAGUUCCGGGAGAAGCGGACGGUGCAGCAGCACCAGAUGGUGAAUCAGGCGCUGAGCGAGGAGAUCAAGAGCAUGCAUGGGCUGCGCAUCUUCACCUCCGUGCCCAAAUCCUGAUGGAGCUGAACGCUGCAGGAGGGGGUGUGAGGGGGGGGCUGCAGGG